CGGUCAAGAACUUGUGAAUGAAGACGUUCGCGUAGGUAUAUAUUCGAGCAUCAUGUCUUCGAAAACAUUAAACUAGAAUACAUCAGCAGUUCAGACAAUCAAGAGCAAACAACCAACCAACAACAAAACAAUGGCCGAAUUCACUGAACAACAAGUUGAAGAUAUUGUCGAAGCUUUCGAACUCUUCGACAAAGACGGAGAUAACAAAAUAUACUACUACCAAGUUGGCGACGUAGUCAGAGCAUUGGGAGAAUGCCCAACCAAUGAAGAUGUUGAAAAAUGCAUGGAAAACCCGAGCAAAGAAGAUAUGAAAGCAAAAAAGCUCACAGUCGAUGAAUUUAAGCCAAUCUUCACCAAAAUCAUAAACGAUGCAGUGAAGGGAACUCAAGAAGAUUUCAUGGAAGGUUUGAGAGUUUUUGACAAGGACGGCAACGGUACUGUAAUGGGGGCUGAAAUCAGACACGUUUUGGACAACAUUAGGUGAAAAACUAACAUCCGCCCAAGUAUCCGCCAUGAUGCAAGGACAGGAAGAAUCUAAUGGAUCUAUUAAUUACGCAGUGUUUUGCAAGUUCCUCCUUGAAGAACCGAAAGCAGCAAUCUAACCAUUUUUCUUCAAAUGGUGCGGACUGUAGUAACAUUUUGAAAUCGUUUUCACUCACUUAUUUGAUCAUCAAACUUCAAAUUUUAUUCAUAUCAAUAUCAUGCUUUUGGAAUAAAUUGUAAUUUUACUGCA